UAUGUUCAGCGUAUUGAUCUGACAUGACACAUCACCUGACAAUCGGUACACCUCGGCCACGACCACACAGAAUUGACCAUCCCGAAGCUUUCCGGAGAUGGCCGAAUUGUUACAAUUGGUCAUAUGAGUCAAAAUAAAACAACUUCAGAAAAGAUGUCAGGCAUUAUUUCAAAGGAACAGUGUUUCAGAUGCUUUAAAGAUAUGUUAGCUUGUUCUGAUGUGCUAGACGACCUGUGGGAAAUACGCUAUUUUGAAACUGAAUGUUACUUAUCAAAGAAAACAAUAAUUAAUGUAAACAGAAAUAAAUUUCAAAGUGAAAGCGAAAGUAGAAAUGAAGUUCUACAAGAAGACACAAGUUUAAGCAACGAUGAAGCAACCGAGAUGUACAAUAAUACUGACUGUCAGAUACUUUCCGUUGAAUACCAUGUACUUUACAGCGAAAGUUACUCUGUACCUGUGCUCUAUUUCAACUGUCACUUACCGGAUGGACGGCUACUAACAUUGAACGAAAUAUGGAGCCAAGUUCCAUUAAACUAUCAAGAACGGUUGCAGCAGGAUAGAUGGACGUUCCUCACACAAGUUGAACACCCAUAUCUAGGGCGGCCCUUUUACCAACUGCAUCCUUGUCACACUGACAAACUUAUGGCGAUGGUGGCCAAGGUACCAGGGGGCGUGGCACGGAAUUACGUCAUCAGUUGGCUGUCUUCUGUUGGACCAGUCGUCGGACUAAAUUUACGACCAGAGUAUGGAAUUCCGGAAAAAAUGGCGGUAACCAAGGAGAAAUACGCCACGACGGCAGAUGGCAAAGAUAUCAAUGUGUACACGUUACGUAACGGACGGCAGUCUGAAGUUCGGCUGAUCGACUGGGGCGCAAUCAUUACCCACAUCCGGGUCCCUGACAAAAACGGACAGAUUGAUGACAUCACUCUUGGAUACGACACAUUUAAAGACGGCUAUGACACGAACCCGUUCUAUUUUGGCGGCAUCAUUGGUCGCUAUACCAACCGUAUUGCGCGGGGUGAGUUCCGCCUUGACGACCAGACGUACAAUCUUACCGUUAACAACGGCGGUAACCUGCUCCAUGGCGGGAAUAGGGGAUUUGACAAGCGUCUGUGGGAAUCCGAGAUCACGCAAGACGGCGUCAUGAUGCGGUACACGAGCGCAGACGGGGAGGAGGGGUUUCCGGGAGAGGCGCGCGUCAACGUCCACUUCCGGUUGACGGCCGAGAACGAGCUGGUUAUCGACUUCAAGGCCACUUGCACCAAACCGACUGUCAUUAAUUUGACCUCGCAUCCGUAUUUUAAUCUUGCCGGACAUGCUGCGGGCUCUCUGGAAGGCCACACGAUCCGAAUGGACGCUGAAAACUAUACUCCUUUAAAUGAAAACAGUAUACCAACAGGCGAGAUAGCUCGAGUUAAGGGGACGGCCUUCGACCUCACGACGGACACGGAUUUCGCUCAAAGGCUGCCGGCAGUUCCGGGAAACGUCGGGUUCGACCACAACUUUGUGUUUGGGAAGCCAGGAUGGGACAAGCACAUGGCUAGGGUUUAUCAUGCGGGUACCGGUAGACAAAUGGAUGUUUACAGCACGGAGCCCGGUGUCCAGGUAUACACAGCCUACUAUGUUGACGCACCAAAAGGGAAGGGCGGAGCUAAGUAUGGACAAUGGAGCGGCUUUUGCCUGGAAGCUCAACACUACCCCGACAGUCCAAAUAAUCCCACAUUUCCAUCAACAACUGUUCGACCAGGAGAGACAUACAAACAGACAACUAAAUACGCGUUCAGUGUUAUACGCUAGUUUAACUUUAACAAUUCAUUAUGCAAGCGUCCUAGUGCCACAAGCCAUAUAAUUGAUAUUUAUAUAAGUACCUAAUAUCUCCUACUUGUCUUGUAGUUUUCUCCUAAUUAUGAGAUAGUAUCUCCUUAUAAGGACUUAAUAUCUCAUUAGUAGGACUAAUUAUCUCCUAAUUACAAAAUACUUAUUAUAUAACUUAUUAUAUUAUAGAAUGUGGAAGUAGGAUGCUUCCAUAAUUCUUACUUUGAAUAGUUUUACAAUUACAUGUAUAAUGUUUUGUGUGGAUUGAGGCAGCUAGUAUAAGUCGUUAACUGAUUAUAUUAGAACUAGGGUAUGUAUAAAGUUCUAAUGUCCUGGAAAUCCUUUAAAUCCUUGAAUAAAACCAUUGAAGAUGUA